ACUUUCAUUAUGUUUUCUACAAAAUCGCUGUGAAAACUCUAUUGUGUUCUUCCUGCGCCUGAGCUGUUGCAUUGUUUGUGGACUUCUACAUCAAGUUUUCAAAACCAAGAUCAGGUAACCUAUGAGUUGUUGUGAUCUGGGUUUUAGAGUGUGUUUUCUUCUACUCUCAUCCUUUCUGGUUUAAAUCUAAGUGUUUUUGAAGGAAGGGAGGUUUGGGAGUGAGAGUGACAGCGAGUGUGGGUUAGAAUUUCUUAAAAUUCUGAUUUCAUCUUCUUCUUCCCCCCAUUGUAUUCUAUGCAGUGAAAUUUACAGACUUGGAAAGAUGUCUUCUGAAGAAACUGUGAGUGGUGGGGGAAGUGAGGGAAGAAACUGUGAGUGGUGGGGGAAGUGAGGAGGUGAGGGCGUUAGAAUAUAGGGACGUGAGUAUGACCAGUGAGUCGUUUGACUCGGAGAGGACGGAGGAGGGGGUGGAAAGAGAUGCAGAUAUCGUGGGGGAGGUGAAACAGUAUGAGUCUGAAUUCGAGGCCAGGAAUAGCCUGGGUUAUUUGGUGGAGAGUUAUGAGAUUUCUUCUCGAGUUUUGAUUAGGCCAGCUGGGGUAGAAGAGAGGGCCUGUUCUGCUCCUCGGGAUCAUUGGAUGCCCGUGUCUGCCCACUAUUUGGCAGUCGGGCUUAGGUUUCCAAUUCCUGAGUUGCUAGUGGGUCUUUUAUUAGAUUAUAGUAUAGGGUUGACACAGUUAGUCCCCAAUGCUAUGAGGGGGGGUAGUAGGAAGGAUAAGGGGUGUUAUUAUUUUACCCCUAGGGUGGCAAAUAGGGAGAAUGAUACUGAGUGGGAGAGGGGGGAUGCCGAGGUAAAGUUGUUGUCAUCCUGGAAGGCUAAGAGAGCCAAUCAAAAUAAGUUUAGUUUAAACGAGGAUGAGGAGGAAGAGGUGGGGAAGUUGGUGAGGGAGGGGGGGAAGUUAGUGAAUAUGAUGUACCUCACCAACACAAAAUGCAUAGAGGCUAUUGAGCUCUAUGGGCCAAGCGGUUUAAGUGAAGUUGAAAUGGAUAAGUUUUUGAACGUUGCUAGAGGAGUGGCCAUUCCCAAGAAGCUAAGGAAGAAGUCAAAGACUUCAACCAUGGAAGUGGGGGAGGGUGGAGUUGGGAGGGAGGUCGGAGUUGGGAGGGAGGUCCUGCCUAGCACUUCAGCCGGAGUGGAGGAGGAGGUGCCAAGGCUGGAGUUGAAGAGGAAAGGCAGUGAGGAGGUGGGAGCACUGCAAAGAAAAAAGAGGGUGGUGGAGGAAAAAGUGAGGGGGAGCGAGAUUCUUCAGUUCGUACCUCGGCCUCUUCUCGUUGAGCUUGAUCCUGAGCUUAGGGAGUCUGAAGGAAAAGAGGCUGAGGCGAAGAACAUAAUGGGGGCAAGGAGGUUUAUUAAUGCCGCCUUCCCCAAAGUGGACAAGCAUCACGCACGGGACGAAGCUCUAAGGUAUUGUGGGGCAUCCAUGGUAAAGCAUGUUUUGGAGCUACAAAAGGAGAAGGAAGAGCUGGAAAAGAACAAUAAAGAGAUGCAAGAGGAGCUGGACGAGGUGGUACCAAUAGUGAAACAACUCAAGCAAGAGAGGGCUUCCCUAAGCACCAAGCUCAUCUUUGAGGAGAGCAAACGAAGAAUCUCUAAAAGCGAGCGUGAGGCUCAAGAGAAGGAAAUAAAGUUGACGAAGGAGGUUGUGAUGGAGCUGAAGAAGAAUGUGCAGCUGCUGGUGCACAACGGGAUGGAGGAACACAUCAGCAACUUUGUUAGCUCCAACUCGUUUGACGACAUCGUCAACCUCUACCGGCUACCAACUACUAUUCUCGCUUUCACGGACUACAGAAAAAAGAUUAAACUGAGGUGGGAGUGUGAUGCAGACGAACGCAUUGUUUUCCCUCCAAGUUUUGACUUCGAGUUCGUUGCAGUGGAGGAAGAAGGGGCAGAGGUAAAGGAAGAUGGAGUGGGGGCAAGGGUGGAAGGAGUUGAAGUGGAUGAGAGUCAACCACCUCUACAAGUGGAGAUUCAUCUAGUUCCUUCUGACGAUGAGCAACCACCUCUUUCAGCCGAGCAGUAGCCAACACAGCCACCUCUUCCAGCUAAGCAGCAGCCAAUUCAGCCACCUCCUCCAGUAGAGGAAUAAAGAAUUUUUGGUUUUUGAUUUUUCUUUGAUAUUUUUGUUGUAAUAACAUUAGAACAAUUUG